UAAAAAAAUCAUGAAAGUUCGUUUUCGACUUUUCAUGUCUCUUUUGGUUCUAAAACUAACAUUUUUUCAAAUCCCAAAUACCAAUAACGGCCUAUCUUUAAUAAUUCUCCUACUUUUUGUCACCUUUUUUCUUUUUUAUCGGUGGCGAUAAAAGCCGCACGGCAGCCAUUGGCUCUGAAACCUUGAGAAAAACCCAGCCAUGGCGGUCGGACCUCCGGUUCUCUCCCACUCAUUCCUCGCCCUCUAUUCUUUCUCUCACUUCACCACUCCCACUCCGACUACCAGAUCUCGCCAUCCUCAUCUUCAUCCUCCAUCCAUCAACUUCCGCACUUCACAUCACCAAAACAUCCGUUACCUCAAAUCCCUGAACGUCAUCGAUCCCCAAACCAGGUUUCACUCUCCCGACGCCGUCCACCAAAUCCUUACCACCGUCCAUUUCCUCAAAUCCAAGGGCUUCUCCGACUCCGAUUUCCCCAGACUCGCCUUCCUCUGCCCUAACCUCUUCACUUCAAACUUCGAUACCACCGACAUUGCCCCCGUUUUCCAAUUCCUCGCCACUGAUAUAUCCGCUUCCCUUCAAGAAUCGCGCGGAUUGAUCCUCCGAUGCCCUAAGAUUCUCUUCUCCGACGUCGAAUUGUGUCUCAAGCCGACGCACAGGUUUUUGAAGCAGUUAGGGAUCGAGAAUCUGAAAUCGCCGAGUAAUUUGAAUUCGCAUCUUCUGAACACUCGGGUGGAGAAGCUAAGAAGCAAAAUCAGAUUCUUCCAGGAGAUCGGAUUCUCGCACGAGGAGGCGUCAAAGGUUUGUGGGAGAAUGCCGGCGAUGUUCGGGUACAGUGUGAAGGAGAAUUUGAAGCCUAAGUACGAGUAUUUCGUGAAGGAGAUGGAGAGGGAUUUGGAGGAAUUGAAAGGGUUUCCUCAGUAUUUCGGGUUUAGUUUGGAAGGAAGAAUUAUGCCUAGACAUUUGCAUUUGAAACAAAGGGGCCUUCAUAUUCCUCUCAAUAGUAUGUUGUUGUGGAGUCACAAUAGGUUUUACUCUAAAUGGAAAUGAAAUGUAACGUUAUUUACAAUGAAGAUUUGUAAUAUAAUGUGUAUUUGUUAAUUUACGUAGAA